AUGGUGGGCAAACGCUCGCAGCGCGCUCUGCUGCGCGAAGAAGGGCUGCAGCGCACGGACAAUAAUAUGGAAUUUACAACAUGGCCUCAGGUCAACAUGAUCAACCAGAAAAACUACUACACCGACUUCCUCAAGAGAGAUGACCAGAUUCUUGCUUUGCGACUCCAACAGGAAGAACGUCUGGAUCGCCGUAAGAAGGCGGCCGUCGAUCUGGACAGAGCACGCGCACAGAAUGGCGAACAGGGUCCGUUUCCAGAUGUCGACCCAGAUCUCGAUGAGGACGUAGUCAUGGACGACAUGGGAGAAAACUAUGGCAACAAAACGGUCGUCAUUCACAUCGGGAGCCAGAACCUGCGUCUAGGCUUCGCCACCGAUGCACUGCCCAAGACCGUCCCGAUGGUCAUUGCCAGGAAGUCUGACAGGACUGAAUCAGAGGAUGCGGAGCCUCUACCAAAGCGUAUCAAGCUUGACGAAGAUGCCCCUCCUGAGGAAUGGUUUGGUGAAGAGUUUGCCAAAGAGUACAACGCGAUGGCAUCAGAGUUUCGAACGGCGAGACGGCAGAACAAACGCCGAGUCCUGCCCAAUUCACGGGAGUUGGUGACCAAGUGGAACAGCACCAACCCGCCAGAGAUGAUUUCCGAACACAACGACCCGCUGCGAAUUGACUGGACUGACACAACCGAAGCCCCUGAGUACAUUGUUGGAGCACCUGCACUUCGAAUACCAGAGGAUUCAAAACCGAAGUAUCAUCUGUACUGGCCGGUCCGUCAUGGGUGGUUGAAUGAGAAGGACUACAGCAGUCGUAAUCUGCUGCUGCGUGAUUUCUUUCUCAUUCUAGAGGACAGCCUCAACACGCAGCUCGAAAUGCCCCACAAGAAGGACUGGAACCAAUACAGCUGCGUCUUUCUGAUACCAGAUCUGUACGAGAAGAACAUCGUUGCAACCAUCCUGCGAGAAAUGAUUAUCGACUUUGGCUUCGCGCGGGUCUGCUUCAUGCAAGAGUCUCUCGCGGCCACAUUCGGCGCUGGCUUUAGCACGGCGUGUAUGAUCGACCUCGGCGCUGAGAAGACGACAGUCUGCUGUGUGGAGGAUGGCAUGUGCAUCGAAGACUCCCGCGUGAACCUCAAGUAUGGCGGGUUCGACGUCACGGAAACGUUCGUCAAGAUGAUGCUGUUCGACCGCUUCAACUACAGCGACUUCAACCUCAUGCGGCGCCACGACUUCUUAUUGGCGGAGGAGCUGAAAGAGAAGUACACCACGAUGAGCGACGAGAACAUCAGCGUUCAGACCUUCGAGUUUCACCUUCGCGUCCACGGCCAGGAGACCAGGAAGUAUCAAUUCAAACUCUACGAUGAGGGAAUGUUGGCUCCAAUGGGAUAUUUCAGGCCGUCCAUCUUCGACAACUCCAGCAAGCUCACUGGCCGACGAAAGCUCAUUCCAGUUUCAGUAGACUUGUACGAUCAACGCCCCAACGAACCGACGUCAAAGGCACAGCUAGCCGUGAUAAAUUACGUCAACCAGAACAUUCCCUCAGCCGUGGUGGCGCCCACGCCAAAGCCAGCACGCCUUCUGGCAACACCAAAUGUUGCUGGAACACCAAGCAAACAGCGCCCGCUGGGUCUGCCCACACAUCUCAACGGCGACAACGACGGCACUCCUCGAUCGUCGGUCGCCGGAUCACCGCCACCAGACGAUGGCGGAACCCCUAUGCCUGAUGCCGAUGCUGCCAAUGGCGACGUCCUGCCGGAUGUUCACGGGCCACAACCCGACACCGAAAUCAUAGAGAACACGGUUCCGAUUAUGCCCCUGGAUCGUGCCAUCUUGACUUCCAUCGAGUGGGCUAGCAAGAUUCCAGGAAACAGUGACAUGGUUGACGAGCGAAAGCGCCGUGAUUUUCUCGGCAGCAUCAUGCUUAUCGGCGGUGCGUCCAAGACGCCCCAUUUGCAGGCCUACCUCGAGACAAGACUGCGUGCGGCGAUGCCCCAGUAUCCAAAGGAGAUCCUCGUUGCUCCUCCACCACGUGAGCUCGACCCAUCUGUUCUGGCGUGGAAGGGUGGUAGUGUUUUCGGGAAACUUAGGAUGACCAACGACAGCUGGAUCUCCCCUCUGGAGUACGAUCGGUUAGGAGCGAGGAUCCUGAACUACAAGUGUAUGUGGCACUGGUCUUAG